AUGGCGACGCAUCAGAACACCUUCAGCGUCAUCUCAAAUGGAGGCGGCUCACGCGAUGGUGCUCCGGGCAAACCGCCGAUGACAUCGAAACAGGCCCAAAAUCUCUACAAACAGGCGAACAAGGUUCCCCGACGCACGAAGGCCGAACAGCGUAAAUGGGAGAAGGAGAGACAGGAGGAGCUCAAGAAAGAGCUGGAGAGAGAACGUGCUGCGGUCAAGGCGAAACAGGCUCGAGAACGCAAGAAGGCGAAGGAAGAGGAGGCCCGAGAGAACAGACGACGACAGGGACAGCCUUUGGUCGACUGUCGGCCAAGCCAAGAUACGAUUGCCAGAUUCGUGCGUGGAAAUGGCACCAACAGAAAGAGGGAUUCUUCGGGAGAAUCAAUACCAGAGGAGCAUACCAAUGCGCUGUCAGAGGCUGAACCUUUGCCGCUCCCUCUCAAGAAGAGCAAGAUAACACCGCCACAGCCGGUUUCUCCUCCAGAUUGCCAAUCGACGGUUACCUCCAUGCCUCCGCCUCCUCGGCCGUCGCAAAAGCCUCGGCCGACGACUUCAAUGCCCAUGGCAUCCCACUUCAAGGCCCCAUCGGCCCCUAAGGCGGCCCCUGGUGCGCCAUCAAUGCGAGCGCCUCCUAUUUUCAAGGCUCCUGUAGUCGCGCCAACGCAGGGCCGCACAAAUCCUCCUGUGAUCAUGCCAAAACCAGCUUCAAAGCCGAAACCCAAGCCGUUCAUGAUGCCCAGGGGGAUUCUGCCAGCCCAGAUACCUGCCCGCCAGAAGUCAAUCAAGCAAGAGAAAGCCAACCCUCCACUCGUGAAGGACAAGUCUAUCGAGAAAGGCACAGAAGAGAAGAAGGCAGUGGAUCGGCCACUGAAGCCACCGGAGAUGGAGCAUCAACCUGGAGUGGAGAAGAAACUUUUGGCCGAAAAGACACCUCCUAUCGAAAAGCAUGAGAACCCUUCUGAGCACUAUUCUUCAGUUAUAAAGAGAUCAGCCAGACCGACGGAAAGGCAGAAUGGGGAACCAAGGCCAAAGCCAAAGUUCGAGUCAUCUCAAAUGCCUCCACCACCGAGACCGUUACCGCGCGUGGCGACUCCCCAAAUAUCUUCGCCGAAGAUGCCUCCUCCACCACUACCAACAAAGACGCAGAUGCCUCCUCCACAGGCGCCUCCAGACAGGCAGGCGUCUUUCAUGCCACCGCCGAGCACCCAGGCUAUCAUCCAGGACUGUUUCGAUGACUUUUUCCCGACCGCCUCGCAGCUCGCCAUGGAGCUAGAAGAUGAUGGACCAGAGAGCCGUUCGCGAGAGACCGUUGAUCGACAUCUUGAGGAGUUGAACACGAAGGAAGGAGUUAUUGACGAGAACGGCCCGCAUUUACGGAAUCCAGGGGCUGGAAGUCGAUCUGUCCAGAACAAGGGCCAGGGAGCAACAGAUCACUACGACAAGAAACCGCUCGCCAAGACUCCUGUGAUCCCCAAUGAUCAUAGACGCCUUCGGCAGCCUUUGAGCGACCGCCAUAAUGGGCCAAACACUACAUUGCAGUCGAAGUUGCCUUCAUCAAAACAGCAGCAAGCGCAUGCCUUGCGACAGGAGAGUCGACGUGGACCGCCGCCAUUCAAAGCAGACGGGCGGGAGCAAGCUUUUAGUGCCCGCUCAACACCGAUCGAGACACAUCCUACAACAAACGAUACACACAAGAAAACAGCACAACACAGAAACCUACCCCAACAGACCACACCCAUACCCCACAAACCCAGGAGCGUCCUCCGAGAGACCAACUGCAACCGCGUCCCUGAGGUCAAGGGCUCUGUUACGACAAAGCCUGCUCAAUUCGACGACUUCUUUCCUCUGAUUUGUACGCAAGACCUUAUGAUGUCUUCUCAGGAGGUCAUGGAGAUAGAGUCCCCAGCUAGGAUGGACGGCGAGCUCUCCUCUGGAGGGACUUCAACGGGACGGGAAUACCAGCCGUCACCUCUGAUCGAGAUGGACCUAGCGGCUAUUGACUGGGAUGAUGACCUGGAUGAUUUUUGA